AUGACCCGAUCAAAAGUUCUAGACGAGCAGCGAAAGCGAAUUGGGCAAGCCUGUAAAGGCUGCCAAAACCGUAAACAAAAGUGUGAUGGCCAAUCGCCUUGCUCUGGCUGUGAAAAACGAGGGCACGCCUGCACAUAUGAUCCUGAGAGGAAGCGGAAGAGUAUUAGUCGGAUUCCUAAGCACGGUGAUUAUGGGCCAGCCUCCAAGACCAUGUCACUUCAGUUUCAAGGGCAAGUUAAGCUGGAGUCUGGACAAUCUCCUACUCUGCGCUCGCCUCUGGGCGAUAAUUUUCUUCACCCUGGAGCUUUUGAGCCUGCGUCGGCAAUGUCAGAAUGGGGUAAUACGUCCGAUGUGCCACCGGACAGGUACGAGUCUGCUGCCGCUACAAGGGCGCACAGUCAAACUUCCGCCUCUGUCUGUGGUUCCUCGACGGCUAGUUUCCUCGCGGAGAUUAAAAAACUCGUAUUACCAUUGUCUGGGCCGUGUCCCUUUACGCAAAGUCAUGAAAACUUUACUAGACUAAGGAGCAAUGCCCAUCCGCAGGUAACGCCUGAUGCAGUGCCAUUGCCCAGCCGACAGACAGCAGAGCGCCUUGUGAGCGUGGCCCGCCAAUAUAGCAAUCACUUGGUGGAGAUAUUGGAUGAGGUCACAAUACAAGAGCUACUCCAGACUUGCUACUCUGAGCUCCGCCCGCAAGACCCAGGUCGUACUUGCUUGUUGUACCUGCUCUUCGCCGCAGGGUCCGCCACGCCUGAGGCCCAGAGAAAGUCAGAGUACUCGGACUCUCCUCUUUCAGACACUCUCGGAGAAGCAGACAAAUACUUUGACUUUGUUGAAGCGACGCUGCUGCGUAUCGGAAGCUUCGAACAUUUCGAGAUCUGGAUGAUUCAAGCAUGGGCGCUCAUGACGACUUAUUCUCUCUCUGCUUCUAAAUGGAACGCGGCCGAUGCUUAUAUUGGACUGGCGGUAAGGGCUGCAUACGUGCUUGGCAUCAAUCAUGUGCAGGGGGCGUCGCCGCGUGCGGCAACUGAGGGAAAGGCAAAUGCUGUCCACGCCAAGCUUUGGAAGUGCCUCUUUGUUCUUGAUUCCUUGGUCGCUGCGCUUCUCGGCCGGCAGCCGCAAGCUCUCAAAGAAGAUAAAUGCAAACCCAUCGCGCCGGGCGACUGCUCGCCGUCCAGUCCCAACAACGGCCGUGAUGACUGUCUCGAGUUUAACGUAGCCUCUGCCAAGGCCAUCCGGAAGACGCUCAAGCUUGUCUAUAACCCGAGGCACUUCCCAGCCGAAAAGGCAUACUCCAUGCUGCAACAGGCCCAGCUGCAGCCGCAGCUCGGCCCAGUGGACAGCUUGGCCACUUUGCAUGCCAGGCUGUUUCGAAACUAUGCAAUGAUGCUGCUCACGAGGCCAUUCUUUGUGCAGGAACUGUAUCAGUCGUCGAAGCAAAAAUACUCUGAGCGUUCGGACACGACAUGGAGGUAUCUCUCUGAAACGUGCGUUGCUACAGCGCACCAAUCGAUUGAGUGCAUUUUCGAAGCGCAUAACCAGUCCCGACAGUUGACGAGUGAUUACAUGUGGCGACAGUGUCUGUUUACCGCCGUGUUAGUCAUUCUGAGCAACCAAUUCUUUGGCUUCAACGAGAAUCCAAACUCGGAUACAGUCAUCUCACAAGCAUUCACCACCUUGGACCAGUGCAGCGUGCGCAACCCCGCAGAAGAAAGCGAGUUCAACAGCCUCCUCUCGCUGCGCCGGCUUGUCGACGAGCGUAGGCGGCGGUCGCUGCCGAUGGGCCGCCCAGUCUUCCUGGAUAUGAAUCACUACGGAGGAGCGUACGACGUGCACAGCGAAAGUAGCCGGACCAGCCCCGUCUUUCCCACGCACGAUUUUGCGGCAGCGGCGGCGGCUGCUGCUGGGUGCCCAAACUCGACAUACUGCGGCUCCGACGGCCGUCGCUACUCUGUCCAGUCGAUCGCGUCGUCGGACUAUUUAGAGUCUGCCGUGCCGCAGCUGCAUAUAUGGAACGGAGUCAUUCCGGGCAUGAAUCCUCCUCCCCGAUGUGGGAGUGAUGCGGAGUGCUAUGGGUUUGUUCAGCAGGACGGAUACGAAGGCGACGCUAUGCAUGCGACGCAGGAGUGCACAGCAUUCCCGGGGCAACAACUAUAUCUAUCUUAA